AGCUUCUCAUCCUCCUCCUCAAACCCUCGCUGUUGCAAGCGAUUCACCUAGCAGACACACAACUCUCAGUCUCGUCUCCACCGAGUACAGCAGGCAGCAGCACUCCACCAUGGCGAUGCGCUCAAGCUCAGCCGUACGCGGCGCUCUCAGGCCUUCUUCAUAUUUGAGGGAUGCAGCAACGUCGGAAAGCAACAAGCCUGGCACCUACGCUUCUUCUCACAAGUACACCUACGUCGAAGGUCGAACGCCCUUCUGGCGCAAGUUCAGAGACAUCUUCGCCGUCAACCCCGAGAUCUCUAGCGGUCUGCCCAGACCUGACCUGGUUCGCUACCCAAACCCUGGCUCGCGUCCAGAGAAGGCUGCUCUCACUCCCUCGCGAGCUUCAGACAUUGCUGGCAACAAGUAUCAGGAUAGGGACUUUAGACGCAUGUACCCCCAGCUCUUCAUGGUGACCCAAAAACACUUGACGAAUUUGCUGCUCGCAGCUCCCAAUGAGGACGGCACAAAGAGCUUGCCACACCCAUCCUCUCAAAGCACCGCCCUGGUCAAGGCCCCAGAGGACAUCGAUGCACCGUCGGCCUUCACCGAUGUCUUGGCUCAAGUUCACUCUCCCCAGGCUCAAGGCGGACUGCACUACACCAGCCAAAACCUUCCUCCUCGUCCACCUUUCACCGCUCCUCAGCACAUUUUGGUCAAGAACCCGGGCGACAUCCCACACGAUCCCCACGCGUUCUUCCCAGCGGAGAACUAUCGCUCUCGCUAGGUGGGCAAUACGUCGUGCUCACCUGCCCCUGCUGGCCGUGGCUGAAUAGAUGAUUGCUGCUGGCUGUCACGCUGAGAAUGCGGCUGCUGUGGCGCUACUGGACAGAUGCUGCUGAUUGCUUCGACAGUGGAGCGUGCAAAGUCGAACUGAGAGGUGCAGACGUGAUGUUGAGGUAUCGAGAUGUUGGGAUGAAGCAGCUGCCUGCGUCUCAGGGCAAUUCGAGUCGAAGUCAUGCUUGCGCCGGCUUUGGACAUUCACAUCCCAACACCAUUCUGAUUGUCAGGUAUGAUUGCGAUUGUUCUUGCAACGCAGAACGGAGGUUGUGCCUGCCAAAAACAGACACAAAGACAAAGCGUGAUGCACGCCUGCGCAUCGAACGUCUGAAAUGCAAGUCUCUGUUGCCGCUU